CGUAUUGAUGAAUGAUUGCAUAUUGUUUAAUUGAUUUUGAUUAUUUGUGUACAUUUCUGUCUUGUAGAAAUCGUGGUGUGUUGAAUUCUUUGGUCACAUCUUUGUACAAUGGAUACUAAACGGAUAAAACAUUUGGUUGUUGAUUCUGGUGGUUUUAUAAGAAAUUGCCCCGUUCAUGAGUAUGCUGACCAGAUAUACACUGUUGAUGGAGUUGUGAAAGAAAUAAAAGAUAAAGCAACUCGAGAAAGACUUCAGUUUCUACCCUACAAGCUUUUGAUGAAGGAGCCAUCAACUGAGUCCAUAAAAUACGUUUCUGAGUUUUCUAAGAAAACUGGUGAUUAUUCAAAUUUAUCUGCUAUUGAUCUUAAAAUUAUUGCCUUGACUUACCAGCUUGAGAAAGAAUAUGUCGGGGUGGAUCAUCUGAACAAAGAACCUACUUGUCAAGUAACAGGAAAACCGGGACAUAUUGAUUCGAAGCUAUGUGGAUUUUAUUAUCCUAAAGAGAAAUCUCUGUCUGAAUCAUCUGAUUCUGAAAAAACUGAAUCCACUAGAGAUAGCAUGUCUGGAGUUUUUGAUAGUAAUAGUGAAUCGGAAAAAAUCACAAAGGAGAAUCCUGACAUAGACUCUAAUAGUGCUGAAGAUGUUUAUGAAAAUGCAAAAAGUGAGGUAUCAAGUGAUACAGAUUAUGAAAGUGCAAAUGAGGCAGAUGAUGACUAUAGUGAAGGAGAAGAUGAAGAAGAUUCUGAUCUUGAUAGUUGGAUUACUCCAAGUAAUAUUGCUGAUGUGCAAAAGAAGAUGAAUUCACUUGCAUUAGACGAAUCUUCUUCUGUUGUUGCUUGUAUUUCAACCGAUUUUUCUGUUCAGAAUGUGCUUAUUCAGAUGGGUCUCAGAGUUAUAUCAGUAGAAGGCAUGUUAAUUAAACAAGCUAAAGUUUUCAUUUUAAGAUGUCAUGCUUGCUUUAAAACAACAAAUGAUAAUAGCAAAAAAUUUUGCCCUAAUUGUGGAAAUAAAACCCUGAAAAGAGUUGGUGUCACUGUGAAUGAUGAUGGCUCAAAAAAGAUUCAUAUAAACUUCCGCAGGCCUAUCAAUAUCAGAGGGAAAAGAUACUCUUUACCAACACCUAAAGGUGGAAAGCAUGCAUUCAAUCCUCUGACUUGUGAAGAUCAACCUACACCACAGAAUAGAUUGCCCAAAAAAUGGCUGCAAAAGACAAAUGCCCUUCACGACGACUACGAAGCUCAGAAGUCUCCCUUUGCUACAAAUGACGUUUACAGUCGAGCUGUACAUUUAGGAGUUCAUGUCCGACAUCAUUUUGAUAAGAGAAAUCCUAACGCAAAUGCAAAAAGAACUGGAAAUAAAAAGAAGAAAUGAUCUAAA